AUGCGGCGGCCACUGCCCUCGGGCACCACGACGUCCGGUGGGCGUGAAGGCGCUGCCAGAGGCCUGAGGAAGCGAGGCCGUCGGCCGGGGACCAGCGAGGUGGGAGUCGGCGGCCCCGAAGCCCGGGGGCCUGAGGAGAGCAGGCGGAAGAGGAGAAUGGUGGCCCGGGCGGCUGAGAGAGAAGAGGUGGAAAGUGACAAGUCGGCCAAGGAAAAAAGAAAAGUUACUGAAGCCUCGAGUGAUGAUCCACAGCCAGGGGCUGACCUGGUAAGAAAGGAAUCAUUAACCAGUUCGGAAUCUUUCCAAACAGUGGAGUGCAGUGAAUUUCAAAGUACAGCUCUCUUGCAGUCUUUGGGUAAGGAAGUUUUGGUAGACGGUAUUAAAAGAAGAAUUCGAAUUAAAACACUUGAAAGCUUAGAAAGUUCACCUUUCAAAAUAACUGAAAAUAAGGCUACACAAAAUAUAAAGGUUGAAUUCCAAGAUGAACUGUACAAGAAUACUCCGAAAUAUUCUUGUAACAGCUUGUCACCUGGAGUAGAAAAUAAUUCUGUUUUAAAGUUACAUGAUUGCAGUUGUUUCCCCCAUUCCAAGGAUUGUAAUGAUGAAAAUAACCUUACAUGUAAUUCUGAUGGUGGAUGUAUUCAUGUAUCAGAAAAUUCCUCAGAGUUCAAGAAAGGAAGCCUUAGGAGCCUUUCAGAUAAAAGGGACACAAGUAAUAUUCCUCAGCUUUCAAAAACUGAAGAAAACUUCAUGGGAGUAAAUAAAUUACUGCUUGAAGAAAGUGAUUUAUACCAAAGAAAAAAUAAUGGCUUGCUUCCCUGCCUUCAAAAUGAGAAAAAUACAUACUCCGUAGAGGAGAGCGGUGCUGGGAGAAAACCCAGGAAGAGGGUGAAGGUGUCUGAAACAGAUGAGGUGGUUACUGGGAUGAACUUCUCUAAUGCGCAUAACAAGUCUGAGUUGCUGUUACAAGAAAACAAAAUGGGUGCUGAAGAUAAAGAAGCAGAAACUUCAAAAGUCUUGAGAAAAGUAAACCAUAAUACACUCUCUCCAGUGCAUCACUUAUCAAGUCUUCCAGAAACAGUAGGAAAAAAGACAAGUCCUGAGCAUCAUAUAAAUACUAUGUUUCAGAAAACCCUAGAGCCACUUUUGAAAGAAGAAACCAAGAAUGCUUCAGAGCCCAAAGAAUGGAAAAGCACAGAACCAGAAGAAUAUUUUAAGUCAGUGAAAAGCUUGAAAGUGAAAUCGCCUAGUGACUGCCAUGCUGUUGAAGAGAGAUCUCAGGGAGACCUAAGAAAUGAAGCGGAAGAACCUAAGUUCAGCUGUCGCCGAGCAAUACCAAUGAUGGGUAAAAGAACUUGGCCUUGUUAUUCAUGUGCUAGAGUAUCUGCUCACUGUUGGAAAAAGGCUUCCUUGCCAAAAUCAAAUUACUGUCUUCCUGGGCCUGGGGAAAGCUUUAGGCAAGAUGACUUUCUUAAACACCAAACAAAUCAAACUGACUUAACUGACUCCAAAUUAUCAUUACAAAGUUCCACAAAAGAAAGAAACAGUGAAUCUUCAAGUAAAGAAAAAUUGGACUCUAAUGUAAAUUGUUUAUCUUCAGUCUCUGAAAUAGUCUCUGCUGUAGAACCUACUCUAACUGUUAUGAAGGAACCCAUGAUCGAUGAUGAAAAGAUGACGUCCAAGGAACUGAGCAAAAGUGAGUCAGAGGUAGUUUCUAAUACGACUGAAGAAACUCGGUUACCUAAUGUGACUCAAAACUUAAUAGGAAGUAAGAAAAAAGAUAGAGGAACUCUAACAAAACUUAAUUUGACCGUGGCUUCCCAGCAUGGCCAGGAACCUAAUAACCCUACAGGCAAAACUAUUCCUCGAAAAGCAUGUACUGCUAAGCCAACACUUGUGGUUCCAGACUUGGUUAAAAUAUUGAACACGGGACGGCUGACUAACUUUAAAAUUCCUUUACUUAAGAAUAAAACAGAAAAAAGAAGAGAAAUAAAUGCCAAGUCUUCAGACAGAGAAGCAUAUAGUCCCCUAGAGCUUCUUGACAAUAUAUCUGGAGCAGAGAUAAGACAGAAUAGGAAUAAAGAAAACGUCUCCACAGUAAUUUCAGGACCUCAAUCUUUAAACAUACAAAAUGUCACUACAGUGCAAGCUAGUUCUGACUCAUACUGCAAUAAGAAUUUCUAUAGUAUCUCUUCAAGUUUUUUAAAGCAAGGUAAUAAUAACAAGCCAUCUAACUACAUCUCUGAACCAGGCAAUAUUGUUUCCAAUAAGAAAGCUGUUCCUCUCACAGUUGAAAAUAAUACACUUUUUUAUGAUCCUGGAUGUACAGAGAAAAGCCCUGCCUUCUGCUCUGAACAAGAAACAUUCAAACAAGUUUCCUCUGAAGUUAGUGGUAGGAAAACGACUAAGAACUUUUCGGACAUUAAAAUUAUUCCAGAUAUUCUUAAAGCAUAUGAAGAUGAUGUCCUCUUAAUUGAUGUAAUUCAAGAUGACCCAGACCUCUUUGGAAUCUCCACCGAAGGGGAGCUCUCAUUUACUUCAGAGGUCCCUGUGAUAAGCCAGGAACCCAAUGUUGCUGAAGAGCACCAAUCAGCAGAUUCCAAGCACAUGGAACUUCCCGAAAAAAAACCAAGUGAUAACUUGAGAGAACUUCCUGUAUUGGAUCCUGGAUUGAUGAAGUCAGAGAUCUGUACUUCCUUGCCAGCAGCAAAUGAGAUAAAAUAUGAUUUUAAAGAUGUAAACAUUUCCUUAGGAGAAGUUAAUAGGACCUCUCAAAAUGAAAAACUGGGAGACUUCAUUGAACACAUAAAAAAUUCAGACUUGGAUGAAAAGUGUAAAUUUUCAGACAAAGUGACUGUUAAAGAAGAAAAGGAAAAUAUGCAUGAAGUUUGCAAAAGCAAAGAUUCUAAAAAUGCAGAGAUUACGCUUGGUGAAUGUCAAUUAGCAACACUGGGCCCCAAACCUCUGUGCUUAUCGCUACCACCUUUGAAUAAUCCAAGUGCUGUUCAAGAAGACACACUAGUAAAGCCAUGGAUGAAUGAUACCAGAUUUCCAGGACAGCAUUGUGUCCUAAAGUUGCAGAAUCCUGAGACCUCUGAAAUAUUUAAGAGGGAAAAGAUUGUAAGGGUGUUUCAGAAGUCCCUAGGGUUGAUGAUACCCCAUAGAUACUGCAAAUUUCAUUUUAAUACAUUACGUGGCUGUGAGCGAUCACAGUGCAAGUUUGCUCACGUGCCUGAGCAAGGGGAUGAAAAGGUUUGCAUGGAUGUGUUUAAGAAAUAUAUAAGUAUCAAUGAGCUGUGUUUGCUACAACGUGCAGUAAACAUGUUUAUGGAGUACUACAGAAAGUUUCCUCCUGGUGUACACUUUGAUUUACAAGUGCUAAAUGACCUUCUGAAUUCUUUACUCAAACAUUGCUUAUUAAAAGAAGUAUUUCAGGUAUUGAACCUCAGCAUAAUGGUUAACACGCUGCCUGCUCUGAAAAUACUACUAGAAAUAUUUGAGUACGUGGCAACUAUGAAAUUAAGGAGUGCUGUACCUGCUUUAAUUGAUAUCUUUUGCAAGCUUGUUGAAGCUGGGAUGGUGCUUGACCCAGAACACUGUAACUAUAUUGUUAAGCUCUUACACCAGGUACAGGCUUCCAAACAAGAAAUAACUGCAGUUCUGGAAAUGAAAUCCAGGUUACAAAUGAGGCAGUUUAAAAAGAACUGGACCUGUGAUUUAGAUUCAGCCUUGAAUGAAAUAGAGAACUGUAAAGAAAAAGGUGACUGGACCAAAUUGGGAAAUUUAUACCUUAAGGUAAAAAUGGACUGUGAAAAAUUUGCAGAUUUCCAGAGAUUCUGUACUUGUGUUGCUGAAACACUAACAAAAGGCUAUAAAGAGGAGAGACCAAGUGUCCCAUUUUGUGAAUUUGCUGAAACAGUUAGCAAAGAUCCACAAAAUAGUGAAGUAGAUAAAACUUUGCUGGGAAGAAUCGGAAUCAGUGCUAUGUACUUCUAUCACAAGCUGUUGCAGUGGUCCAAGGGAAGGAAGGUCUUAGAUAUGCUCUAUGAAUUAAAAAUACAUUUUACAAGUUUAAAAGGACUUACAGGGCCUGAGAAGUUAGCACCAAGAUGUCAAAUUGUGAAUGUUGCAGUAGAAAUUUUUCUAAAAAGUGGAAGCCUAGAUGGUGCCAUGUGGGUAUUAAGAGAGUCAGAGUGGAUAAUCGAUACACCACUAUGGCCUUGUGAUAGACUGGAUGUACUCAAUCGACACAAUCUGCUCUGUACAAUUGCACAUGAAAUCUUAGCGAAGAGCCUUUACAGACAGACAUUUGAAGUUUUGCAAAAUCUACCAGGUUUUCAAAACUCUCAAGAAACUGUGGAGGUCUCACAGUACAGCCUUCUUUUUAAUAAACUUCUAGAUGCCUGUAUAGAAAGCAACAGUCUUGGUAUUUCAUCCUCUGUAGCAGAAUUCAUGAUUUCAAAGAGCAUCCCUAUUGAUUUUUCCUCUCUUAGAAGAUUAAUUACUUCUUUAGGAAGGAGUUGUUUAUGGCUCAAAGCGAGAGCUCACUACAAAAGUGCUCUUUCAUUGGGUUGCUAUCCACCAUUAGAGGGAAAUUUAUAUCGAAAACUCCUACGGAUUCCGUCUUAUUUAUCUGAGAUUGAAAUGCUUUUAGCUAUCGAAAUCUUCCUGGUAUCUAAUGCUAGUAGUAUUCAGAGUCCUGGUACUCCUACACAGACACUUCAGAUAGUUUUGAAAAGAUGUGAAGAAAACAAAUCCCGGAGCAAGGAUGAUUACCAAGCUGCAGUGGAAAGAUUAAUGAUGGCUGCUCGUUUAUCGGAUCCCAAGCUUUUUGUUAAGCACAUGACCGUCAAUGUUAAUAAGGAACAGGUCUAUAGUUUGGAACAUUGUUCUGCCCUGAAAUGGUUGAAAGAGAACAUGAAGUGGGCUGGAAAGGUUUGGCUUUUCAAUAACCAUUAGUUAAUACUUUUUUUUAAGUUCAAGUAAUCACUGUUGAAAAUAAGAUAAUAAAAAUAAAGACGGUUUUCACUAUA